UUUGUGGUCGCGGGCUCUGACUUCUCAGUGUACUGUGCAACGAACAACAUCUAACAUGAAGACAAGUUUAUUACUCUUACUAGCGGUUAUACACGCGUCAGUGGCGUAUCCGUCGGGGCCCCCGCACCCCGCGGUAGUGGCGGUGCGACACGAGGAGGAGCAGUUGCCCCCUCACCUGCGGAAACCGGCCAUCUUCAACCCGCGAGUCCACGCGAUCAUCUCGCUGACGAGUCUACUGCAUCAUGGUGAAAACCUUGUAUACGACCGUGAAGCGGACAAGGUGCCCCGUCACGAGAUCUACAAGAUACUGACUCAUGCCGGUUUCCUGGCGCGACAGAAGCUCAACCAUGGUCCCCAGUACAACCCUUACUCGCCGGACUUCGAAGCUCAGUUCCUACAUAACCCUGAACUGCUGCAGUAUUUGUAGAGAAGCAGUCGUGUAGAUAGGGAGGCCCGUAUGUUUUGCUCCAAUUUGGAGAUUUUUGAGGGUCGGCUGAUACAGCGGCAAACGCCUAUGUACCAUCGAAAAAAUUGAUCCAUGGGCAGAUGGUGUGUCUACGUACCUAAUUAGGUCGGAUUACGUCAAACCCAGCCUACAGUCCCUACAGAUCACGAC